CCUCCAGUCAAACCUGUGAUACCUCAAGUGCCCUCAGCGCGUAGCCCUGCAGUCUCUUUUCCCUUCCGUUUCUUCGGUCCUCUGCAUUGAUUGCUUUCCUUUGGGUAAUCUUUUUUUGGGCUUCUUCUAUUUCCUUCUGGGCAUAAUAUAUCUCACCAUCCUCCUCUUCGACCAUCUUCUGUCGAUUCUACCGACAUACCUCUCCAAACACAUACACACACACUACCAUCAACAUGUUCUUCUCAUCGCCACUAGUCCUCGCCUUGGCCCUUGCUCCCUCAACCAUCUUCGCCCUCCCAACACGGCAAGCCCUCAGCCUACCAUCCCUCGGCGACUUCCUGAGCAAACGGGCCAUCUCAGCCCCGACAUUCCAGCGCCUUACUGAUGGCGUCUGUGACCUGGACGGCGUGACACCCCCAUUGGGCCAAACCGCUCCUCUACCACCUCCAACUGCGGGUCUAAGACUUUACCAUGUUGCAGUUGGCCGCGGCACCCAAAACUACACCUGCGCCUCUGCCUCUGAGACGGUUAUUCCAGUAUCCGAAGGUGCUGCUGCAACUCUCUUCAACGCCACAUGUGCUGCUUCCCGCGCUCCGACAACACUCUCCUCUACCCCCGCCAUUGCUCUGGCCUUCUCCGUGCCAACGGGCGACCAAGCCACAGCCCUAGAAUCUGGCCACCACUUUUUCUCCAACAUUACCACACCCGUCUUCAACCUCGACACAGCCGCGCACGCUUACGGCAUCGGCAGCCUUAAGAAGACUGCAAACACGACCGCACCUGCGGACGCACCCGCGGGCUCAAACAACAUGGGCAGCGUGCCAUGGUUGAAGCUCACUGGUAUCGAAGACGGCACCUUCAAAGAGGUGUACCGAGUCGACACCGCAGGUGGACAGCCACCAAAGAACUGCAGUGGGAUCAGCGGCGACUUUGACGUCGAGUACAGCGCGGUCUACUGGUUCUACACGUCAUGAUAGUGAGAAGAAAAGCAAGGGAUGAAUGGGUAUGACUUGGAUGGCUCUUCUUGCUUGGUUGGAAACAUGGAUCGUUUGUUGCGAUAUACCACUUUCCGUUUUUGUUUUCUUGUUUCUUUUUAAACAUUGCAUCGAACCGGCGUUCCUGGCGGGCGCUCGGGCGCUUCGCUUGUCUUGUAUAGCUUACUCUUUCGACACGAUCGUUGUAGUGAGCUGGCAUACCUUCUGACGAAUGUGGAUGUCGUGGAGAGGAGAGCUAGUGAAAGAGAUACAAAUAAU